CUCAUCCCUGCGAGCGCGCGCGCGCGUGCGUGUGUGCGUGAGAGAGAGAGAGAGGGACGCAGGCUAAUCUCUCCCUCCCGGACACGUCUCUGUCCACGGGAAACACUCAUGACCGGGCGGAUUUAACCCCGGAGGACACCCGGCGAUCCCCGCAGGCCCGAGCGCAGAUCUCUGCUCCCCUCUCUCCCUCCCCCCCUGGGCUGGUUGCCAUGGAGAGCUCAUCGGUAGCGUCAGCGUCGUCGGAGGCGGGAAGCACUCGCUCGCAGGAGAUCGAGGAGCUGGAGCGCUUCAUCGACAGCUACGUGCUGGAGUACCAGGUGCAGGGACUCCUGAGCGACAAAAACGAGACCGACCAGGAUGUGGACAAGACGGCGUCCCACACCUCACAGUGGACAGAAGACUGCAGUGAUAAGAUUGACGGGAGCUGGUCGUCCUCACGAGGCAGGGGCUCGUCCAAACCGGACGACUGGGAGCACAGCAGUAAUGGCAGCACCGGUUCUAGACCCAGUUCUGGUUCUCGACCCGGUUCUGGUUCUAGAUCGGGCAGCAGAGGACGAAACAACCAGUUCAGAGCCCCAGCGAAGAAUGGAAACAGAGAGUGUUCUUUCGACGUUCUGGGGACGGACAUUUGGGCGGCAAACCUGGACUGUCACGGAGGCGCCACGUGGGACAUGCAGCCAGAGAAACUGGAUUUCUCUCAGUUUCACAGAAGACCGUACAGAGGGACGCCAAAACACCUCCCGCACAUCGACCGAGAGGGGAUGACGAAGGGCAAAUACGAUGAUGAUGGUAUUGAUCUGGACAACAUGGAGAAAUUCCUGCCCAGCCUGCCGGUUUUUCCUCCUCUGCCUAAUGAAGCUGAGAUCGCGCACACGAAAAAGCUGUUUCGUCGCCGCAGAAACGACCGCCGCCGAUCCGAUCCGCCCCAGGACCAGCUGACGGUGCUGCUGCCAGCCGAGGGAAAGCGGCAAGUGUCCAGGAAACAGCAGCGCCUGCCUGGAGGAGGAGGAGGAACAGGGGCUUCUGGGAAAUCCCAGAUUCCUCAGCAGCAGGGAUUACAGCAACAGCCGCCCAAUCAGAUGCCGCAGCCCAAUGCGGACCACCAAUCAGGUGCCGGCACUAAGCACGGGGGGCGGGGCUAUCAGGGCCAGCAGAACCAAGGCGGGCGGCAGGGCGGCCCGCAUCACGGCUACAGCCAGAACCGCCGCUGGCACCAACAUCCCAAACUCCAGAUGAACAGUUUCAAUCAGGGGCCCCCGGGGGCCGACAGGGGCCUCAUACGCAAUACCAAAGAGACAGAGAAUGUAAAACACGAGGAGACAGAGCCCCACGUGGAGAAAGGAGCGAAGGAUGAGCCUGCGAAAGAGGAGAGAAAGAAAGGAGGAGACAAGGAGGAGAAGAUGGAGAGCGGGAAGAUCUGCUUACUGCAGUCGUCUAAAGAGAGACUGAGGAGGAGGUUAAAAGAGAAGGAGGACGUUCCCGUGGCGACGGCCGGACCCCAGCGGAACCGAAUGGACAGGUUGUUGGAGAUUCUGAACAGCAUGAGGAACAACAGCAGCGGUGUGGAGAACCAGCUCACCACUUUCAUGGAGGAGGCGCAGAACUCGGCCGAUUCGGAGGAGACGCUGAACGAGAUCGUCCACACGAUCUACCGCAAGGCGGUCAGCGACCGGAGUUUCGCGGCCACGGCGGCCAAACUCUGCGACAAGAUGGCUCUGUUCAUGGUGGAAGGAACCAAAUUCCGCUCUCUGUUACUCAACAUGUUACAGAGAGACUUCACCCGGCGUGAGGAGCUGCAGCAGACAGAUGUGGAGUGCUGGCUGGGUUUCAUCACGUUUCUGUGUGAAGUGUUCGGCACCAUGAGGAGCAGCGCUGGAGAGCCCUUCAGAGUGCUGGUCUGCCCCAUAUACUCCUGUCUGAGAGAGCUGCUGGAGUCUCCGGAGGUGAAGGAGGACGCGGUGCUCUGCUGCUCGAUGGAGCUUCAGAGCACCGGCCGGUUACUGGAGGAGCAGCUUCCCGAAAUGAUGACCGAGCUGCUGGCGGCGGUGCGGGACAAGAUGCUGUGUCCGUCCGAGUCUCAGCUGACGCGCUCGCUCCUGAUGGAGGUCAUCGAGCUCCACGCUCACCGCUGGAGCCCGCUGGAGGCGCUGACCACCGCUUACUACAACAGAACCAUCCAGAAACUGACCGCGUGACGCGCGCGCGCCGCCGGAGGACCUGACCACGGCCGAAGAGACGCGCCGCGACGCGCACAGGCUCUCUGCGAUUCGGAGGACGGAUGAGACGCGAGGCAUUAUGGGACGCGGGGUCGGCCCGGGGGUCAGGGGUCGGAGGGUGAAAUAUGCAGAUUGAAAUGAAUAUGUAUAUGUUCGCACGCCACGUCUGCAUAUUUAUGAGGUAAGCCAGACAGUCGUUCGACUCACGCGUGCAGACGCCAGUCACUGUCUGUCACGCGUCCCGGACUAGACCUCUGCAGGAGGAAAUAAAUACAAAAGAAAAUCAAAAGAAAAAAUGCAUUUUGCAUUAAAAUGAAGCCUAUUUUUUGCACUAUGCACAUUCCACCUACACACACACACACACACACACAUAUAUAUGUAUAUUACAGUGCAAGUAUACAAUUGAAUUAACUAAUCAUAUUUUGUAAAAAAUAAUUUUUCAUCACAGUUAAGCACUUUUCCACCCCAAAAUCUGUCACGGUGAAUGAUUACUUUAUUACCACAAUUAAAAUUUAAUACGUUAUUAUUUUAGAUUAACAAUGAUCAUUUUUAGAAUUUUUUUAGAAUGAUUUUCAUUUCGUUUGUAUUUUUACUUCUUCCUGACAAUUAAGCACAUCCUCCUUUCCCAAAAUUAAUUCACAAAUACUUUUUAAAAAAGUACUGAACACGUUUCAUGUGUUUGAGCAAUGAAGAUUUUUUUUUAAUUAAAUGAUUUAACUGUAUUAUUUUAUAUUUUCACAUUACUAUUUAAUAACCAACAAAAAAACACCCCCAUACAUUUUAAUUUUUUUUAAUGCAUCAUUAAUUAAAUGUUUUUUUGUUUAAGAAUUGGGUUAUUGUCACAGCGAUCAAUUCAUUUAUUGUGAAUCAAAACAGGCAGAAAAAUACUUUUUUUCCAUUUUUAUUUGUUUAAUUGUCCGCAUUAUUUUCAUGAUAGUUAAGCACUCCCUUUGCGUUUUUUUUUUUUUCAUGCAUGAUUGUUAAAAUAUCACAUUUAAUAAGCCACGUGCUUAAUGUUCAUGGAAAUAAUGCUAGUGUCAAAAAAGUCUUAAUGCUCCACAAAAAAAAGGCUUCAUUUUCUUUAAG